CUUCCACCGCCCACGCCGCACACGCGUUCCUCUUCCACGCAAGAAGGGGUCACCACCUUGACGUCGCUCCGUCCCACCACCACUACCACCACGCACGCAGUGUACCAAAGAUAGUCAUCGUCCACGACCAUGCCGCGCACCCCUCGCCGCAAAUACACGUUCACGGAUUCCGCCCACUCGGUGGACCGCUGUAAACAACUCGGCGUCGGCAUUCUCAAAAAGGGCAAGACGGCUGUGCGCGAAAUUGCAAAGACGCACGGCAAGAGCGUCCUCCGCCAUCGCUCGCAGGCCCUCGAUACCAUGAGCAAGCAGCGGCGCCGCAAGUGCGACAGGCUCAUUGCCAAGGCGUACACCACCCGCAACGAUGAGGUCGAAAGUGCUCUCGCCCUCGAAGAACUCCACGCGUUCUGCUUCCAAGUUCCAGAGGGCUGGGAAACCAUGACCCGCAAGUACAAGUUUAAGACCCGCACCCAACAAGAUCGCGCCUUUUACCUCCGCCUUCAAGCUGUCGCCAUCAUCCUCUACAAGCGAUUUGGAGGCUGCUACAAGACACUGGUUGAGAGCUCAAAGACCAUGCUCCGCGACUACGACUACAGCAAGAACCCAAGAAAGCGAAAAGGUUCCCGCCGCACCUCGCGCUAUCCCGCGCGCAGGGGAAGGAGCACUCGCCGCUCCGCACGAGACGAACAACAGCACAAGGAAGAGCAGGAGGAGCUUGAGGAGCACAUGCAGAUGGAUGAAGAUGAGGAGAACGGUGUCCCCGACAACAACAGCGGGACUGCAGCUGUUCCUGACAACGCUUCUCAUCGCAUUUCCAGCGGCCUCGAGCACGGCCGCGCCUCAGACGCGGGACAUGACAGCGACGCAGAGUCGGUGUUCACCUUCCAGCCCAUCUCCUCCGCCCCGCCAUCGCCUUCCAUGGCCGGCCACUCGGACGCGGAAUCCGCUGCCUCAACACCGCGCCGUCGCCAGUCCCGGCGCAGCAGCCACACACGCAGCACUGCAUCGGCUGCAGACAUUGCCGGUGACCCGCUGAUGCCUGUGCCCAUGAACCCAAUCAGCGCCACCACGCACACCAUGUUGCAUGCAAGCACGUCGCCGGUAGAUGCGCACAUGUACAUGGACGGCAGUGACACCGACAGCCUCCUCCUCCUCUCUGAGCCAAGCUCCCCCGAGUUUGCUUCCGCGUCGGACUCCGAAGCCCCACCCGCAUUCCGCGCUCCUCCAGAGCCUUCCCCAAUCUGUUUGAUGCAGCUCAACGACAUUGUCGAGCACAUCCAGGCUUGCCAACUGACGCUCGCCUACACCAAGAUUGCCUUGUAUUGGGACAUGAACGAGGACCUGACCCUGCUUGAUAUUUACUUGCAGCUCUUGUCCCUCUGCCCCGAGCUGCACGCCACCUUCGAGGCAGUCGCUGCCGACAACGCUGUUGCAUCAUCAAACGCAAAGGGAGCACCCAUGCCCUACGCGCUAGUUCUCGCGCCGUGUGACGCCCAGCCAACGCCCCUCGCCCACGAGCAGGCCGCUCGCAUUGCUUCCACCGGCAUUCCCAUCCACUGGUGAAUGGUGGACAUUUAUUCAGUCGUGUCUGCCUCGUCAGCAGGCACCAGCAGUUAUUCUUUCCUUCAUCGUGCCUUUCCAGAUCAUCGUCGUCAUCAUCGUCAUCAUCGUCAUCAUCGGAUCAGCCUCCGCUUUUCGGUCUCGCACUCGGGCGCUCAGCCACGCAUACGCGUUGCUCUCUGGAUUCUAUCUUUGGCUUUCAUUUCACCAGCAGUCGGAUCGCCCUCCUCCUUCGUACUCUCGUUCUUUCGUUCUUUCGUUCUUUCGUCGUCAUUUAGAUGACGCGUGAUUGUAACCACUUUCGGCCGCAGCAGGCCCAUGCCUCGCCCGCCCAAAGGCCCCACAGCCUCAAGACAGUCACCAUGGCACGACUUACUUUAUUCAACCAAUACUCCACUCGUCG